AUCAAGCUGAAUCUUUCUCUUUCUUUCCCUCUGCAUCCCCCUUUCCUCUCUCCUCCCAGCUUUCAGCUUUCCUCUGUGAGAUUCUGUCUGCUUCCUUCCUGUUCCGUAAGCAACAGUGUGAUCCCCCUCUCCACACGAGACAAAGAGAUGGAGAGAGGGAAAAAGAGGGGGAGUAACAGGCGUAUAAUAAGAAUGAAUAGAAUGACAAGAUGGCUGUGACAGAGAGAUAUUAAGAGAAAGAUAGAAAGGGAUAGAGAGAGAGAGAGAUAGAUUCAUCUAAACCCAGGGGUUGCCAUACAGACAAAGGUAGCGCCGUAGUGCAUGUGGUCUCUCUCACGCACACACACACUCUCGCACACACACACACACUCGCACACACCGGCAUUACAACUGCGUAGGAGUCAGACAGAAGAGGAAUGCCACUGGCUUGCACACAGAGUAGCCUUCAUAACUUAACAACAACAGGCGCACAAGACACACACAUGCACGCACGCACGCACACAUACACACACUCAAUCAAUCGCAGACACAGACUCUUUGUGUGGCUGUAAACAUGGGGCUCGUCAUGGGGACCUUUUCCAUGCAGAGCAAUAAGCAGGAUCGGACCUAUCGGAAAGAUAAAAUAGAUGAUGAUUUUGAGUUGAGCAUUGUGUGUCAUCGGCCAGAAGGGCUGGAUAAACUAGAGGCUCAGACCAACUUCAGCAAGCAAGAGCUGCAAGUGCUCUACCGAGGCUUCAAAAACGAGUGCCCUAGUGGGGUGGUGAAUGAGGACACCUUCAAACAGAUAUACGCCCAGUUCUUUCCCCAUGGAGAUGCCAGUACCUACGCACACUACCUGUUCAACGCCUUUGACUCAGCACACAGUGGAUCCAUCAAGUUUGAGGGCUUUAUCAUGGCGUUGUCCACCCUGCUGAGGGGUUCAGUGAGGGAGAAACUGACGUGGACAUUCAACCUGUACGACAUCAACAGAGAUGGCUACAUCAACAAGGAGGAGAUGACAGACAUCGUCAGUGCGAUAUAUGACAUGAUGGGAAAGUACACCUACCCUGCCCUGAAGACAGACACUCCCAAACAACAUGUGGAUGCUUUCUUCCAGAAGAUGGACAAGAACAGAGAUGGAGUAGUCACUCUGGAUGAGUUCAUUCUGUCCUGCCAGGAGGACGAAAACAUCUUGAGAUCCCUGCAGCUCUUCAAAAAUGUCAUAUAGACCACACAGAGAAAAGGAGAGAAAAGACACAGAGAAAGAAAGACCGGGAGGAAUUGGAAGAGAUGCUUGAGCUGUGAGAAGGAAAAGCAGCCCGCCAUUUAAUGGAAAAAAGAGGCACAAAUAAACUUUGUUGUCACCAUGGUUACGAGAGGUACUCAACUCCGGCUGCCCAACAACAGCUAUACACACCAGUCGUGUGGCACAGUGUCUCACCAUCAUGUUACCAUGGCAGUGACCAUCAACGUGCUGGGUUAUGACCCUUGCCAUUGACCUCUGACCCCUGUACCUGUUUUUGAACUUCCUGUGACUCUGUAACCUUUCACCCUAGUCCUCUCUGUCUUGUUCUGUUGAUGUUGUUAUGGUUACUGAUCUCUCUGAGAGUGUAUAUCACACCUGUUAGUGUACCUACUGACAAACACACACAAAGAUUAAGGCAUACACACAUACCUUGGAUUGAAUCCUCAAUCGACUACCAAAUAACAAAUACACAAUCAAUACAUUUUCAUCUGUAAAAUUCAUCUGAUCGGUAUUUGACCUUUAAGAAAAAUACAUUUGAACCAAGUCAGUCUUAACCCUGCUAAAGGCAGAACUCCUACAGAAUGUGUGUUAGUGUUAUUCAAUGUUUUUGGUGUUGUGGUGACUUGUGUCAUAGUGUUUUGGGCUUCUAUCUUUCUGUCUGCAAUGAGCUCUUUUCAUCUGUGUCGUGGUUGGUCUCUUUGUCUGUCAAUCUAAGUCAUGGCCAGACGACAUCCCGCCCACAGAGCCUGGAUUGGAUGUUAUGUGGCCUAUGAUAGACAUAUACAGUGGUAGGAAGUUAUUGCAAGUCCCAUUUUGAAGUGUAUUCUUAUGUGGGAUAUUACGACUGUACAGUAACAACUCUCAAGACAAUACCCAACCACUCACUGUGACCAAAGAGAGAGAGAGAGAAAGAGACCUUGUCGCUGAGAAUACAGGAAUAAAGCCAUGAGAGAUGA